AUGCUGGCGGCCGUCCACGAGGGCUUUGUGCUCAACAAGAGCGUCGCCCGCACCGCCCUGGGCGGCGCCCUGCUGACCAAGUGCAUGCAGAAGGUGCUGGAGAAGGAGCUCGAGUCCAAGGGCUCCAAGCUCAUGGCGCGCCACAUGUUCAAGCGCGUGCCCAUCCCGGACUUUGCGCAGUACGAGACUGUGGUGGAGGCGAACACCAACAUAACGGCCUCCUAUGACGCCUGGGGUCUGGAGCAGGUGGCGCAGGACGCGAAGGAGAGCCUGUGCAAGGCCAGCGACACCACCUUCAACGACCAGGAGGGGGCCAGCAUGCCCUACGCGCUGUACGAGCUGCCUGAUGGCACAGAGCUCAACAUCGGCCCGGACAGGUUCCGCGUCACAGAGACGCUCUUCUCAACGGCGCGCGUGUCGUCAUUCCCGGGGAUGGACAACGACCCGCUGGUCCUGGGCCGCCAGCUGCUGUCGUGGCCAGCCAUGGUCAAGAACGCCAUCGAUGGGUGCGACGGUGACGUGCGGCGGGAGUUCUGGAGCAGCAUCGUCCUCACGGGUGGCACGUCCCUGACGCCCAACGUGCGUGAGCGGCUAGAGCGGGAGCUGACCGCGCUGGCGCCUGGCGGCACCAAGGUCAAAGUCAACGCGCCAGUCAACCCCACAGAGAAGCGGUUCGCCACCUGGAUUGGCGGCUCCAUUUUGUCGUCUCUGGGGUCGUUCCAGCAGAUGUGGAUGUCAAAGGCGGAGUUCGAGGAGCACGGUGCCGGACUCAUACACCGGAAAUCGCCCUGA